UUUGUGUACUUGCGUAGGUGGUAGGCGCUCGGUUGGAGGAUUUCGUCUUAAUUUAAUUAAAAUAGAAUAAUUGAAAAUGAAGUGGUGGAAUAUUUUAUUGAUAGUGGCUAUGUUUAGUUUAUUAUUUAUCGUGAUUCCUCUUUCCUAUAAGUCGGGCAAUAGUAAACAACAGCUGCAAUUAAUGUUUGAUGAAUACAUACAAAAGUUUAAUAAAACUUAUAGAAAUAACCCAGAAGAGUACGCAACGAGAUUUGAGCACUUUACGGCCUCCUUACAAGAAAUAGAGCAGCUCAAUAGCCAGUCCCGUGGCUCUGACACCCAAAAGGCUCGGUACGGCCUGACCCACCUCUCCGACAUGUCCAAAGCUGAAUACAGAGAGCUGCAUCUCUCCGAUGAACAGCUCAAGAAGUCCCCGCGCGAGUAUAAUCAGACAUGGAGCCGGUUCAGAGAACAGCAACGGAUGGAGCACUUGAAACAAAUAGGGCCUUCUUAUGUGAGGACAAAAAGGGCGGCUGGCAGUUUACCGUUAACAGUUGACUGGCGAACAAAAGGCGUGAUAGGGCCAGUCCGGAGCCAGGGCAUGUGCGGCGCUUGCUGGGCGUUCAGCACUAUUGGCAUCGUCGAAGCUAUGGCUGCCAUCAAGACUGGCAAGCUUGUACCGCUCAGCGUUCAGGAAGCCAUAGACUGCGCAACGCUCGGCAACGCCGGUUGCCAAGGCGGGGACAUCUGCCUACUCCUCGACUGGCUCAUGAUCUCCAAAACAGCGGUCCAAACAGCCACGGAAUACCCGCUACGACUGAUGGAUGGCAUAUGCCGAUUGAACAAGAAUGCAACUGGUGUGCGGGUCAGAACAUUUACGUGUGAUGAUUUCGUGGGCGCUGAAGACAAGAUCCUAGAAGCCCUCGCCACGCACGGGCCGGUGGCUGUGGCGGUUAACGCGCUCACAUGGCAGAAUUACCUCGGCGGAGUCAUUCAGUACCAUUGCCCUGGCGCCCCAACCGACUUAAACCACGCGGUAGAACUUGUCGGGUAUGACCUGUCGAGCGACGUGCCGCACUACGUGGCCAAGAACUCGUGGGGCGGCGAGUUCGGCGCCGGCGGGUACGUGCGGCUCGCCGUCGGCGGCAACUUGUGCGGGCUCGCCAACGAGGUGGCCAGCGUCGACGUGCUUUAAGAUAACCACUUUAUUCCAGUGGCUUAGCUAGCAUGAGUGGCACCCGGUGCGGAAAUUGUGGGUGUCACACCAAAAUUCAAUCAAAAUUGUAUAAUAUAUUUAAAAAGAGUAAUUGUAAUUUUUGAUGAAUAGCUCAUGAUUUACUCCAUCGCUUUCUUUUUACGAUUUUUUAUAGGUGGCACUACUGAUGUUCACGGUCGAGUGUCACCCCUAAAUGGGUGACACCCGGGGCGGACCGCCCCCGCCGCCCUCCCCCUAGCUACGCCACUGCUUUAUCCCUAUCACCAGUCACUAAUACCAGACUAACCUCUGCCGUGUAGAAGUCUUUAAAAACUGAAAUGUCAUAUACUAAGAAAAAGUGACCAAGGCCUUCAGUGUCCCAGGCUGGAAUCGAACCAGCGUCUUCUGCUGUCGCGUCAGGUGCCUGCGCCAUUCGGCCACCAAAUGUAGAGGUAUCAUCAAAUGUAGAGAUAUCUUUAGUUAAUGAUAUGUAAAAAUAGACUGAAUAAUGUAGGCAGCUAAAACUCGUUGAAACUCUCCUCUACUCUACUCUAGGUAAGUAGCUGUUGUUUUUUUUUUAAUUUUAUACACUUGUACUUUGCAAUAACUCGAUAAAUUAUUGUUAAUUGUAUUUCUAUAUUUGAACGUACGCCCCGCCGUUUGGUGCAGAUAGUUAACUAAUUGUCUUAAUUAUGCUAAACGUGGUUUUUAAGAACUAACUUGCCGACUUUUUUGCCAUUUAGUGGGACUUUAACGGAGACAGGGUGUCAUAACGACGCUUAAGAAUCAAUACUGCCUAGUUAAGUAACAAAUAAUUUAAAAUUAAAACAAUUAUGGCAUGCUAUUCGUAAUUUUUUUCUGCACCUAACUGCAUUAAAAGGUAAAAAACGUCAAAAAUGUUAGUUAGACAGUAUUGAUUCUUAAGCGUCGAUAAUUUUAGGUUUAUUUUAUAAUUUUAUAGGUAAUAAUUUUCUCGAAUACGUAGUCUACCCUUUAUGCAAUGGUAGGUUAUUUAAUCCCCCGCCCCUUCGCUUCGCUUGAUCAAGCAAGGAUGGCAUUUUAUACCUCAAUUAUUAUUUUAAGUUUUAUAAGCUUUUUUAUACGCAUUUAGAUUUAAUUCAUCUUAGUUGUUGCAAUAUGUUGUGUUCUUGGUAUGUUUUGAUUUUAUAACAAACGUUUUUAUUACACUAUAAGACUGAUAUUGACAUAUAAGCAAUAUGUUUAAUCUGUGUUCAUUGUGUAUUCACUAAAAUAUUACAGAAGGAUAUUAUGGUUAAGGAAAGGUGAUAAAUUGCUCGGAUGUUAUUUUUCUCUACCAAUCAUAUUUUUUUAUAUAAAAUAAGAAUAAGUACAUAACUCAUAUAAUAGUCAAAACAUUUAAAGCAUAUUUCAUUUCGAUAGGAGCUGAAAGCGGUUACUUGAUUUUAUUGGUUAUGUGGAAAUAUAUUUAUAUAUGUAGUUAUUGCCUCCUUUCUUUGGACCGUCCUGUAGUGCCUUUGUUUUUUAAUAAAAUGUUAUUAAUAUAAA